AUGGCUCCUGGUGACACAGCAAAAACGGUUAUCAGAUUCGCGCGCUUCAAGAACGCGGUUCUUGAGCUCUUCGAAGCACCUCUUGAAUCCACCAAUUACAUUGCUUUCUCUCAUGUCUGGGGCGACUGGGCCUGGGUUUCGAUCCAGGGCAUACCGUACGAGGUCAAAGCAUCACAAGAGAAGGCACAUUUUAUCGCAACCCGCCUUCCCGCCUUGGUGGGUGAUGGUGCCUUUUGGAUGGACACGUUGACAGUCGAUCAGCGAAAUCCAGUUGAAGUCUCAGAGAUCGUGGAUGCCAUUCCCGAUAUCUUCAGGAUGGCAAAGAAGACAAUGGCGGUCAGGGAAUGCGACGGAUUUCAUGACUGCUGCAUCGCUGCUGUUGCUGGGUUCAAAAACUCCACGGACUUUACCGAAAGACUCUAUGAUCAUAGCCGUGACCGUAUCGACCAUCUCUGGGCUGAGUCGUACCUUCAGAGACUGUGGACCCUGCAGGAGUGCUUACUCUCUCAUACGAUUGAGUUUGUGGUUGGAGAUCACAACCAACCCAAGGAGCUCGCGAUGCGGGAGCGGGCUCGCGACGAUAGUGAUAUUAACCAUCCGACGACGCUCGGCGAUUUCCUCAAGCUGAUGGGACAACGCGUACCCGAGGCUUCGAACGCCUUUUCACGGCAUGUACACAUUACCUCGGAUGUUCAGAUCAAGGAACUAGAAAGCGAAUGCUCGCCAGACAUUUUCAUCGCCCGGCUAGAAGCCUGUUUUAAACAGUGCCAAAUGCAAUGGCUGGAAUCAUAUGGGGGUGGUGAGCUUGCCAAAUUCGGACAUCUUCCGGAUCAUCGUUGGAAGCUCGAUCACGCCGAUGCCAUGAGCUGCGGUUGGCUGCCCAUUGAUCCAGAGGAUGCGAUACGAGUGUCCGAUGACAGAAGUCACUCUUGUACGAACAUUGCCCCUGGACUGGGCUUCGUGGAAGACGAAAGUAUAGCGGAUCUCAGGAGCCUUGAUCAGACUGAGCAAGAGGCGCGCAUGAACGAGGCUAGCGAGUACGUACCACUCUUUGUGCAGGCCAGGAAGAUGAUACUCUACCUAAUGAACAAGGAAUAUGAGAUGCAUCAGAUGAGUAAAGCGCCGCGAGCAGAUUGGGCCUACCUCAAGCAACAGAUGCAAGGUCUCUCGUCAACACCAUUCCUAUGUACCAUGCUCCUCCUAGCUGGCAUGGUCAAUUGUCGCAUUCCAUUAUCUGCCGCUGCGUGGGUCAACAAGCUCUUCGUCCCCGUAUUCAUUCGCCACCACGAAACCUUUCUGCAAUGUCUGAACCAAUCUAUACACGUCGUGGAAAUAUACUCAUUCCUGGUGGUUUCCAAGUCUCUGCAAAGCAGCCCACUCCAGCAAACAGUAAGUGCGCGCCCUCUCCUUACCAUCUGCACUACCCUGGCUGACUAUGCACCAGAGAUGGCAGUUGAGAAACAUCACAAGUUCAUGGAUCCCGCGUCGAGCGUGUCUAGUAACCCGUUUCACAAACCGCGCCCUAUCGAGUCGGAGUCCGCCGAGAAGCUUGAGGCGCAGAAGGCCGACUACGAGGCCAGGAUCGCCGACAUGAGCAAAGUGUACCAGGCCAACUUCGAGAACACUAUCAAGGACUACGAGGCCAAGCUCAGCGAGAAGGAGAAACUCCAAGAGAUCGAGAUUGAACGCGUGAGGGACUUCAUCGGGCAUGAUGUCGUCGACAUAAAGAAAAAAUCCGAGACCAAGCUCAACCACCUCGCCGAGAACUACGAGGCCAAGAUUGCCCACUUAGAGAGCGAAUCGCAGUCCAAGCUCGAGAACACCAUCAAGCACUACGAGACCAAGCUCUACGACCAGAGGAAAUCCGAGCUCACGCUCAAGGGCAUACAAACGGACUACAAGACCAAUAUUGCAGAGAUGGAGGAAUAUAAUGCCAAGCUUUGUCACUCUAUCAGCGAGCACAAGACCAGGGAGAGCGAUAUGAAAAAGCAGUACGAAACCAAGCUUAACGACGAAAAGAAACACUGCGACUGGCUGCUCAAAGAAAUAAAGGGUGAAAAGAACUAUGAGAUCCAAAUCGACACGAUCAAGAAGGAACACGCACUAGAGUCUGAAGCCGCGCAGGAGGACUACGAGGCCGACCUCGACAGGCUCAAUCAGAGCUCUGCGAUUCUGCAACGUGCUUUCGCCGACCAGAGCUUGGAACUUGCAGCGCUCAAGGAGACAAAGACCAAGGAAGCCGACUUCCUCAGCAAGUCUGCCCAGCCAGACGCGGAAGCAAAAGAUGCAGGCCUGCUCGCUGACAAGAAGCCGGAUACCAAUGACAAGAAGCCCGAGAUCGACGCCCUCAAAGGCACUAUCGACGCCCUCAAGGACACCGUCAGUAUACAAAUGGUAGCCGCAGAAGAUCUCCGCGAGACUGUCAAGGACCUCCGAGAGCGCAAUGCAAAGCUCGAAGCAGAGCUUCAGAAGAAGUAG